UUCAGAGAGACACAAGAUGCAGCUGUUAUCCUACUGCGCUCUUUAGACCGCUGCUGGCCUGACUCUCUCAUCCUCCAUCAGCCGACGCUCUUCUGUCAGCAGAAGCAUGCAACGAUUGCUGGACAGCAGCUGGAUAAAGUUUGGACCUGCUGGAAGAGAUGACUGGGUGUCUGGGUCCCCAUCGCCGCCUACCGCAGAACAACGACCACAGGGUUACCACUGGAAUGAGCUUUCGAGCCAAAACGACGGGAAAUCGGAGCUUCUCCUGUACAUCAUCCUCCCGCUCGCCACGCUCCUCGUGUUCGGUGCCGUGUUCGUCCUCGUUUACCGGAGGUUCAGGCAGAACAAGCUCGGACUGGCCAACAUCAUCGCGCUGGACCUGCAGGACCCGGAGCGCAACGCCGAGAUCCUGUCGUCACUCACCGGGAACGCGGAGCGGCUGAACAGCACGAGCUCGGACAUGUCUGACGGGGUGUUCCUCAUGGUUUACCUCCCGCCGCCCUACGAGGACACGCUGACCAAGAUCACGCGAGCCGCGAGCCUCAGCAGCGGGAAAGACGUCGAGUCCAUCACGAUCGAAGACCUCGAGGCCAAACUGUGUCCAGAGCUCGUGUCCAGCGGGGAGUUCGUCUGAGAAGCAAAGAGAAGCCCCUGGGGAACAAUUAAAUAAUAAGACCAUCCCAAAAAAUUACAAUGGUUUCCUCUACAAACAUUAUAAACCAUUAACUUUUAACCAUUUAAACCAUUAAAAAUGGUGUAGUGUGUGUUUUGUGACUUGUUCCAUAAAGAUUUACUGGUUUUAACAAGCCACCAAUAGAAGUUUUCCAUUAUAACCAGUAAAACCAUUAGAAAUAGUGUGAUGGUGUCUACUGUUUUUUUUUUUCAGCAGGGAGUGAAGAUGACACAAGGGCUAUCUCAGUUUUUUGUUGUCCUCUUGUCUGUCUGUUGAUUUCUAAUCUAUGAAACUAAAAUAACAGAGAAAAACUUAAAAGUA